UGCUCAGUCCGUCACAGUACAUGGUGCAAAGAUGAGCAAAGCUGCAGGCUGCCGGGGCUUUCUGCACCAUGUCUUCGACUACGAAACCGCCAAAACUCUUGUUAUUCCUCACUUUGGUGUGGGAAUCGUCUUCAGGUUCACUCAGCUCCUGGUGGUGCUGUAUGUGGUGGGGUAUGUGUGUGUGGUGCAGAAGGGAUACCAGGAGACGGACUCUGUCAUCAGCACCGUCACCACCAAAGUAAAGGGCUUUGCCUACACCAACACAUCUGAUAUGGACCCACGCAUGUGGGACGUUGCAGAUUAUGUAAUCCCGCCUCAGGGUGAUAGCUCGUUUUUCAUCUUGACCAACUUGGUUGUGACCCCUGAACAAACUCAGUCCCACUGUCCCGAGCUUCCAAACCCAUCAACUGUAUGCAAAGACGACUGCGAUUGCAUUGAAGGUUACAAUGAUCCCCGCAGAAACGGCAUCCGGACGGGACUGUGUGAGAACUUUUCCACCACUGUCAAGACGUGUGAAGUGUUCUCAUGGUGUCCACUUGAAGUGGACACAAGGCUGCCGAAAAAGGCACUGCUGGCUGCGGCAGAGAACUUCACAGUGCUGAUAAAAAACAGCAUCACAUACCCUAAGUUCAACUUUCACGGAAGAAACAUCCUGCCUCAUGUUAACUCCUCGUAUCUGGCACACUGUGAGUUCAACCGUUUAACCGACCCUGAUUGCCCCAUAUUCCGCCUCAAACGCAUCAUUUCCGAGGCGGAAGCAGACUUUCAAGAGAUGGCAGUGAAGGUAAGUAAGGAAUCUCAAUGGAAAACCACACAGAUUUUGCUAACAUGUUCUUGCGUUGUUUGCUUAAAGGGUGGCAUCCUGGGAAUUCUUAUCGACUGGAGCUGCGACCUCGACUGGUGGGCCGGCAAGUGUCUUCCCAAAUACAGCUUCCACCGGCUGGACAACCAAAACCAGGGUAACGAUGUGGCCCCAGGUUACAACUUCAGAUUUGCAAAGUUCUACAAAAGAGCAGACGGGGUGGAGGAAAGAACGUUAAUCAAGGCAUAUGGAAUCCGCUUCGAGGUCAUUGUGUUCGGCACGGCAGGGAAGUUUGGAAUUGUUCCAGCGAUAGUGAAUCUGGGUGCAGCUUUAUCAUUUCUAAGUUUGGUGCCCAUUGUUGCAGACUGGGUUAUGUUAACAUGCAUGAGAAAGAGGGAUCUCUACACCAAACAGAAAGUAACAUAUCUGGUUGAAAGUCCUGACAGUGAACCUGUUUCAAUGGGGACCACCUAUGGCACCCAAUGAUUCACUCAAGCAGCACCGAAAGUUUCUUUGUGCACCAAAAUGGGAUGUGCUCUAAAAAUGCUAUUCAGAUCAUUUACUAAAGCGGUUUCUGUGUGUAAAUUUAAAGCAAAAGCUCCUUUGUGCUGCUGUGUCAGUUAACUCCUGAGAAAAGUUGUUGUUUUACUGUCAGUAAAUCCCAAAAGUUAUUCAUCAGCCUAGAUAGUGGAUGUGCUCUGGGCAGAAAGGUUAACCCUACUGUACAUUACCUUCAAUGUGGGAUUCACUAAAGAAACAUUGAUAGAAGUCUGUGUUAAAAGCAAACAUUCGGUCUUUAAGAAAUCAAUAAAAUAAAGAAUUUUUUUUCUCAAUUUUAGUGAUACAAUGACAGUUCCUUUUCCAUUUCCAUUUUUGAUUACGCCUUUGCAAGACGAGACCUUUUGAAUCCAAAGUGAGAUUUUAUUACCUCAACCACUUUCAGUUUCUGUCUGGCUCAGGAAGAAACUGCUACGUUGAAUUAAUCAGACUAUAAAUCAAGGAACAAGGAUCAUUUUACUAUUGUUGCUCCAGUGAAUACAAAGACAUCAACAGGUCAACAUUUAAGUUAGUAGUUUGCAAGCAUGUUCAGGUCUAAAAACAUAUUCAUUUGGCAGUCACCAAUUCUGCAUGUUGACCCAUUACGUGCUGAUUGUAGACUGCUUCAUGUCUGUCUGGUUCGGGUCUACAAGCUUUCUCUGGUGUCUUUAGACAGCUCUUUGGUCAGAGUGGAGAGACUGCAGUCUCACUGUUUAAGGGUGUGGACAAGUGUCUUUUAUACAGAUAACCAGUUCAAAGAAGAUACAUAAAUACUGAUGGCCAGUUCUGGACAGAAGAGCUUCUUAAAGGAGUGGUAACAGGUCUGUGAGGAACCGAAUUCUUGCUUAUUUGUAGGAGUUAAUUUAUCAAUUCUUUCAUUAAAAUCCUACUAUGUGA